AAGUGGGUAUCCUCAGUUGGGGUUCGAGAGGUUUAUUAAAGAAGCCGAAUUAGGUUGCUCCCGCCGUAGCAAAAGUGAUCUUUUUCCUCAAUAUCCUCCCCUCUUCUCGUCGUCUCUUCUUCUAUAUGAUCCAGUAACGGCUAAGAUCGAAAACCCGGUGCUCGUGCUUCCCUCAUUGUGUCUUCCGGCCCGAAUACCUCCUUGAUGCGAUGAACCGUGGAGGGCGAUCGGCGGCGGCGGAUUCGAACGGUGUGGCGAAGAACAUGCUGACGGUGAGGAACUGGGUCUCGCUUGAUUGCACGGGGAGGAGCACUGUCUUGGACGUGGACAAGCACGUUAUUAUGCGCAGGGCGCAGAUCCACGCCCGGGACCUCAGGAUCAUCGAUCCCUUGCUUUCCUACCCUUCCGCCAUUCUAGGCAGGGAGAGGGCCAUCGUUCUCAAUCUCGAGCAUAUCAAAGCGAUCAUCACUGCAGAAGAGGUGUUGCUAAGAGACCCCUCUGAAGAGAAUGUUAUCCCAGUUUUGCAGGAGCUUCAUCAUCGUUUGCCAGCUAAUUUUGCUCAUCAUGCAGAGGGGGAAGCAAUAGGCCAUUACGGAGUCACCGAAGUAAAUGUUCCUCCGUUUGAAUUUCGGGCCUUGGAAGUUGCUUUAGAAGCUAUAUGCCAUUGGCUUGAUGCACGUACAAAAGAAUUGGAAGCUAGCGCUUAUCCAAUCUUAGAUGAACUGACAUGCAAGAUCAGCAGUGUCAACCUAGACAAGGUGCGGAGGCUUAAGAGUACUACGACAAGGCUGACUGCUAGUGUUCAAAAAGUAAGAGAUGAAAUUGAACAACUACUAGAGGAUGAUAAUGACAUGGCUAAUCUUUAUCUCUCAAGGAAGAUGGCUACAGAGUCUCCACGUUUGGAUGACUCCCAAACGACGAACUCACCUUUUUUAAUUUCAAAAUCUCCCAAAAUAAGCAAAGCGAGUGUAGCAACAAAUCAAGGAAGUGAUUAUAAUGUGGAAGAGCUGGAGAUGCUGCUUGAGGCAUAUUUCAUACAAAUUGACAGCACUUUGAACAAAUUGAAUACACUUCGUGAAUACGUUGAUGAUACUGAGGACUAUAUCAAUUUACAGCAUGACAACCAUCGGAAUCAGCUGAUCCAGUUAGAACUUUUUUUAAGUGCUUGCACUGUGAGUUUGACUUUCUAUUCAUUAGUGGGUGGGAUUUUUGGCAUGAACAUUCCAUUCUCGUGGAAUGACAACCAUGAAUACAUCUUCAAUUGGGUGGUUACUAUCGGAGGAUUGAUAUCUGCACUGAUACUCGUAACUGUUUUAGCUUUUGCUCGUUUCAAGGGCCUUAUUGGGUCUUGAUUGUACAGGUUCUGGAAGCAGUCUCCUGUUUGGUUAAGGAAACAACUUAGGAUGCCGUUCUUGGUUUGGAAUUGAGGUCACAAAGCACGACUCUCGAUUGCUUUAAUGGUUGCUUUGAGUUCUUCCUGGAUUGAUGCUCUUGUUGGUGACAAGACCAUGUCACCCCACACUAAACCUGCUCCGCAACAAGCAUCCUUCUUGGGGUAGAGUUCAUAGAUCGAAUCAGCGUUGUCGUUCAGGUUGCUUACAUCUUCUAGACAACUGAUAUGGUGACGAUCUACUAGUAAAUUGCUGCUCCCAUCUUUCCACCCUAUCAACUGCAUUGUUCAGCAGUCGUAUAAAUAUGUGACUCAUUCAAUAUUUUUCACUCGAAAACAAAAAGUUAAAUCAGUCUUUAAAAACAUUGGUGAAAGAAGGUGAUAAAGUGACCUUCGGAGAGCCUAUCGCGUUCGUGGAGUAGAGCCUGGCAUUGUCGACAAGUUGGCAAUAUUUUGGGAAGGCGUUGGCAAAUCUCUGGUGGGACUUCAAUUGGGACUGCACCCUCACUGCUCUCCCCAUGAUUAUAGCUCUCCUGCCAUUCAAAUGUCACGUUUUUACCUUUUUAACUCAUGUAAGUUCCGGUAUAUGAUAACAUUUUUGAAUCUUGUGUAGAUUUUCUUCAGUUGAGCAUACCUGAUUCCUCUAACUACAGCUAGAUAAGCAUCGCACACAACUCCAACCAACUCAAUCCUAUAAGGCUUUCUUGCAGUACAGUUUUCUUCGUCGUCCUCCACUGGCUCCCAGUAGUUCUCUGUGAUGGUC